AUGAGAACGAAAGCACAAAGCCCUUUCAAUCUUAAGCUUCUUCUCAUUGGAAUUGUUCUAUCUGUUUUUCUUUUGUUCGUGUUAAGAUCGAGAUUGAUCUCAUCCUUGAACCCAAGUGAUUCAAGAAAUGUGAAAACAACAAAUUGUUCCCCUACUUGCACCAAAAUCCCGCCUUCACUUGCUCAGGCCAUGAUUCAUUACACAACAUCCACCAUCACUCCACAACAAACUGUCAAAGAAAUAUCAGUAACAUCCAGGGUUUUAGAUAAGAAGUCCCCUUGCAACUUCUUGAUCUUUGGCCUCGGCCACGAUAGCCUCAUGUGGCAUUCACUCAACUACGGUGGACGAACAAUUUUCUUAGAGGAAGAUGAAGCAUGGAUUGAGCAAAUCAAGAGAAGAUUCCCCAUGUUAGAGUCAUACCAUGUCACUUAUGAUAGUAAAGUGAACCAGGCAAAUGACUUGAUGGAAGUAGGCAAAGGGCCUGAAUGCACUGCCAUUUCUGAUCCUAAAUACUCCAUUUGCCAACUAGCCUUGAAGAGCUUGCCUAGAGAAGUUUAUGAAAUAAAGUGGGAUUUAAUCAUGGUCGAUGCCCCUACCGGAUACCAUGAGGAGGCACCGGGGAGGAUGACUGCGAUAUAUACGGCCGGGAUGAUGGCACGGAAUAGGGAGGAUGGAGAAACUGAUGUUUUUGUGCACGAUGUGAAUAGGGUUGUGGAAGAUAAGUAUUCCAUGGAGUUCUUAUGUGAGGGCUACAUGAAGAAACAAGAGGGAAGAUUAAGGCAUUUCGCAAUCCCUAGUCAUAGGAAUAAAUCGAACGAACCAUUUUGUCCUUACUCCGUAGGAACUGAACACUAA